UUUGUUCGUUUUUCUGUAGGGAACCAAAACGAUUUGAGUCAAGAAUUUCAUUCAGUUGCGCGCCGUCAAACAGCACCAACGCAGAUCAUCCGUUGUGCAUUUUCGCCGACUUUUUUUAAGUUUUUUUUAGUGACAAGAAAAAUAUUUUGUUUUUAAGACCUCUCAUCAGGGUAAAAGAAAAGUGUAUAUAAUUCUUGUUGUUCGCAAUCGUUUGGAGCAACAAUGGGGAUCAAUCCCCGUUUGGAUAAAUCUCCAAUGCAGAUAGCGUCAUUAUGGAAAUUAUUAGCGGUUUGCAUUAUUGUGCAAUCUCUAGGAGUAUUUGCUAAGCAACUGAAUUCGAAUGCGGAUAUAAUUUUCGAUGAAAUCAAUGAAGAUGCAGAAUUGUUAGAACAACGACUAACACGAAGUAACAGCCGGCAAGAAGAAAAUGUCAACAACGGUGAUCUCUUGGAUCGAACAAAUUUACUGGAAGAUCAAUUACUUGUAAUUGAUGAUGCUGAAGAUAGGGACCUAAUCACUAGGUCAAAACGCUCCAUAAAAAAACAUGCCCACCAAAAAAGAGAUAACAAAAAACAAGACCGAGCCUUACUUACAUCACGCUCAAAACGUCAAGAGGACUACGACGAAAAUGAGGGCGACUUCUCUGGAGACAAUAACUAUGAUACAGAUACUGACUCAGCCAAUGAUAUUUCAUAUUAUCAAGUAUUGUUCAUCGCAAAUGAAAUGUGGUCAGACAAUUUGCGCAAAAAGGACAGCGCCGAAUUCAUGGAACUUCAUAGAAAUCUAGAAGUUGGCUUUAGGGAUUUGUUUAAUUCUAUGGCCAGUGACGAGGAGAGUGAAAUUAAAUCAAGUCUAGUUUACGUUGCGCGUACAAAUGAUCCCUUCAAAGUUCAUGUGACAAUGCAGUUUGAAAUCACCGGCAACAAAGGUGAAGAUUUCAACAACAUCAUCCAAAAUCAAAUCCAACACUACUCGAAGAUCGGUGACAUUGGCGCUGAAUUCGAUGACAAUUACGUAUACCGUCACAUCAAUGAUAUUGAAAAUCCUCCAACAUUGAAUGAUCAUGUAUACACAGUUAAGGUGUCUGAAACUACUCCGGGUUCAGAUGACGAUAACUCAGUCAAUGAAACAGUUGACCCAGAGGAAAACAAUGAAAACCAACCUGAAUAUUCUGGACCAGAUACUUCUCCAGAAUAUCCUGUUUAUUCUUAUCCCGCACCAAUAACGCCUUCGAGUGAGGCGAAUGCGUCUGAUAACGAUUGCAAAUCAAAUCCCAAUGGCGAAUAUAGGUGCAACGAUGGUGUAGUAAUUAACUGUGAACAGGUGUGCGAUCGUACUGUUGAUUGUGAGGAUUCAGCAGAUGAACUUGAUUGUCCAGAUCAAGAACAAGGAGGUGAAGAAGUACCAGAACAAGGAGGAGACAAUGAACGUGAACAAGAAUUAGAAAGAGAAAGGGAACAAGAAAGAGAAAGAGAACAAGCAAGAGAAAGAGAACAAGAAAGAGAACAAGAAAGAGAAAGAGAACAAGAAAGAGAAAGAGAACAAGAAAGAGAACAAGAAAGAGAUCAAGAAAGAGAAAGGGAACAAGCAAGACAACGGGAAAGAGAACAAGAAAGGGAACGAGAAAGAGAACAAGAAAGGGAACGAGAAAGAGAACAAGAAAGGCAACGGGAAAGAGAACAAGAAAGAGAGCGGGAAAGAGAACGUGAAGAAGAACGUGAAAGAGAAAGACAACGAGAAGAAGAGCAACGGCAACGUGAAAAUGAAAAUAGAAUACCAUCUAAUCCUUCAACAAAUGAAUACGAUUAUGAUCGUCGAGGAAGUUCAACUGAAGGAAGAAUCUUUAGGGAUCCAUUGUUUACGCAAGGAGAUGAUGUUACAGAUUCCUAUCCUUAUGAAGGUACUGGAUAUACAGAAUAUCCAUCUGGAGGUGGAGAUUUCUAUGGAAAUAAAGAGAACAUUGAAUGCAGAGGUGAUGCCAUGUUCCAUUGUUAUGAAAGUGGUAAAAACAUUUGUGAAGAACAAUUAUGUGAUGGUAAUGACGAUUGUCCAGAUGGAGAAGAUGAAGCAGAUUGUCCUGGAGUUGGCAAAAACGAUCUAAGAUGUUCUGAAAAUGAAUUCAUUUGUGAUAACAUGUGUGUACCACUGGAGUUUAGAUGCAAUGGUAACGAGGAAUGUCGUGAUAAGACCGAUGAAAAAGAUUGUAAAAAAGAAUGCUUCCAAAAUGAAUUCCAAUGUCGAAGUGGUGACUGCAUACCUGGAAAUAAACGUUGCGAUGGCAUUUCAGAUUGUCCAGACCAUGAUGAUGAGGAACAAUGCCACAAAACAGAAGCUCCAACAUUGAUGACAACACCACAACACUUCUACAAUCGAAAUACUUUUACAAAAGCAUACACAACAAAAACUCAAUACCAAACACAAAACAGAAACAUCUCACGAUACCAUGAUCCAAGCAUCUUGUAUCAGAGAUCAGGGAAUUGUAAAUAUAAUCAAUUCAAAUGCGUCCAGACAGGUGUCUGUAUACCGAUUGAAUUGCGUUGUGAUGGGUUUCAUCAUUGCAAUGAUUUGUCAGAUGAAUAUGAUUGCGCAAACUACAAAGGCCAGCCACCGUCGUCGACGACGACGAUGUUACCGAUGCUGAUAACGACUACAGAAGGACCGAAAAAGCAGUGGAACGAAAUCGAAGUUUGCACAAAAGAUGAAUUCACAUGUCAAAAUGGUUCUUGUAUUCCAAUCGAAGCCGUUUGUGAUGGAGCACCUGAUUGUUUUGAUAGCGAUGAUGAAAUAGGUGAAACAUGUUCUUGUCAUAGCUCCGAGUUUAAAUGUUUGCAUGGCGGUGGGUGUAUUCCAAAUUAUCAAAAAUGCGAUGGAAUAGUACAAUGCAAAGAUGGUAGCGAUGAAGAUAAUUGCAAUCAACAUCGCAUAUUUAAUAAUAGUAGGGCAAAUAAUGGAAACUGUUUAAGUUUUCAAUAUCAGUGUGCAAUUGGAAAUUGUAUAUUAAGUUAUAAACGUUGUAAUGGUAUCACCGAUUGUCCAGAUGGAUCUGAUGAAUUAAACUGCCAGGAUUCUCAAAAUAAUUAUGAUUACAAAGAUGAAAAUUAUGACACAUUUGACAUGGACACUACACACUGUGAAUUAUAUGAAUUUGAGUGCGAUCAAGCACAAUGCGUUCCAAUUGAAAAACGAUGUGAUGGCUAUCCAGAUUGUGAUGAUGAAACAGAUGAAUCAAACUGUCCACCGUUAGCAGCAUAUUGCUCAGUUAAUGAAUUCGAAUGUGAUAAAACGUAUUGUAUACCAAAGGAUCAACGAUGUAAUGGUGCACCACAAUGUGAUGACAGUACAGACGAAUUCAAUUGUACCUACUGUCAAGAUGGUGCUUUUCUUUGCUUAAAUGGCCAAUGUACGAAGAAUUCAAAUCGUUGUAAUGGUAAAAGCGAUUGCGCUGACUCAAGUGAUGAACUAAAUUGUGAUGACAGACUAGCAGUUAAUGAUAGAUGUCCUCGUCUAACAUUCUUUUGUGAUGGUAUUUGUUUGCAUUGGGAUAAAAUUUGUGAUAAUAAACCAGAUUGUCUUGAUCAAAGUGAUGAACUCAAUUGCAACGAGAACAAUGAUACACUUAACACCAUUCAAGGACACUGUCGUCUUGAUCAUUGGGAAUGUGACAAUACUGAAUGUAUAAAUAGUGAGUUUUUGUGUGACAAGCAUGAAGAUUGUUUGGAUGGAUCCGAUGAGGCUCCAAGAACAUGCAACAAGGAGGCUCAUGAGAGUGUGGACGAUUGUUCGUUAGAUGAAUUUUUCUGUGAUGACAGAUGUCAUCCGAUUUCAAUUCGUUGCAACAACAAAAUGGAGUGUAUCGAUCAAUCCGAUGAAAGAAAUUGUAAUAACAACGAAACAUACCCCGGGGCUGGUGGUAGCUCUGGUAGCAAUUACCCAUCGAACCAAUAUCCAUGUAAUGAACUUGUAUGCCCUGGAAGUAAUAGAAGAUGUUACAAGUUCUCAGAGAAAUGUGAUGGAAUAAAUGAUUGCGAUGAUGGUUCAGAUGAAGAAAAUUGUUGUAAAGCAAAUGAAUUUGCUUGUCGUUCUGGACAAUGUGUACCAGAAUCAGCAAAAUGUAAUGGAAACAAUGAUUGCUAUGAUGGAUCUGAUGAAGCAGACUGCCGAGAACCAGAAAGAAACUGCCUUCCAUAUCAAUUCCGUUGUUCAAAUGGUCAAUGUAUUUCUCAGUAUGCUCGUUGUAAUGGACAGUCGGAUUGUAACGAUGGAUCAGAUGAAAGAAAUUGUCCAUACACACCAGCCAAUCCUCAGUUGAACCUCAAGACAUACCCUGACAGCCAAAUUAUUAAAGAAAGCCGUGAAGUUAUCUUCCGCUGUCGUGAUGAGGGCCCACUCAGAGCUAAAGUCAGAUGGAGCCGCCCAGGAGGCAGACCAUUGCCAUCAGGAUUCAUGGACAAAAAUGGACGAUUGGAAAUUCCAAAUAUUCGAGUUGAUGAUUCUGGAAAAUACAUUUGUGAAGCUGUUGGUUAUCCUGCUAAUAUUCAAGGACAAUCGGUUUCUGUUCAUUUAACUGUUGAAAGAUACAAUCCGAUCGCUGAUCGCCCGCCCACAGCAUGCCAUGAAAACCAAGCUACAUGCAUGAAUGGUGAAUGCAUUGACAAGAAUCAAAUUUGUGACGGAAUCCCACACUGUUCGGAUGGAUCCGAUGAACACAGCUGCAGUCGAGACCGCAAAUGUCAUCCCAAUCAGUUCUUGUGUAGGAACACAAAAUGCGUUGACCGAAUUUGGCGUUGCGAUGGUGAAAACGAUUGUGGUGACAACUCUGAUGAAGAUAGUUGUGACGCUGAACCAAGUGGUUCACCAUGUAGAUUCGAUGAAUUCCAGUGCAGAAGUGGACAUUGUAUUCCAAAAUCAUUCCACUGUGAUGACACCAACGACUGCAAGGAUGGAUCAGAUGAAAUUGGUUGCACUGCUCCUGCUGUUAUUCGUCCACCACCAUCAACAGCAAUUAUCCCAGUUGGAGGUGUCUUAAACAUCACAUGUCGCGCUGCUGGUGUUCCAGUUCCAGUGAUAGUAUGGCGUCUGAACUGGGGUCAUGUCCCUGAAAAGUGUGAAUCCAAGUCCUACGCCGGUAUCGGAACUCUGUACUGUCCCAAUAUGGAAGUUAAAGAUAGUGGAGCAUAUUCCUGUGAAAUCAUCAACUCGAGGGGCACCCUCUUUGUUACCCCAGAUACUCUUGUAACUGUACAAGAUGACAAACCAAGUCAAGAUGUUUGCCCAAGUGGAUACUUCAACAUACUAGCUCAGCGACAAGACGAUUGUAUCAAUUGCUUCUGCUUUGGUGUUUCCAAGACCUGCAAGAGCGCAGAUUUGUUCACCUAUUCUCUACAACCUCCAAUCACGUCUCAUAGGGUAGUUGGAGUUGAAGUUCGUCCCUACCAAGAUGUUAUGAUUACUGAACUUAGUGGAUUUGAUACUAUUGCCCUGCAUCAUGGUGUUCAGUUCCGUGCUUCUGACGUCGGAUAUAGCCGUGUCAUGCCAUACUUAGCACUGCCAUCUGAUUACUUGGGUGGACAACUUCGAUCGUAUGGAGGAUUUUUGAAAUAUGACGUUCAAUACCAAGGCCAGGGCCGCCCAACAGAUGCUCCUGACGUAAUCAUGACUGGAAACGGUUUCACUCUGAUUUACCGUGCCCGCAGUCAACCUCAACCAAAUGUCAGCAAUAAGAUGUCUGUUCCAAUCACAGCUGGAAACUGGCUCAAGCCUGACGGUCGACGUGCAACCCGUGAAGAAAUCAUGAUGAUUUUGGCAAAUAUCGAAAAUAUUUUAAUCCGACUCAGCUAUGUUACGUCAACUGAGCGCGAAGUGGAGAUGACCAAUAUCAACAUGGACUCGGCUGCAGUCAAUGAUCGUGGCUUGGGAUCUGCAUCGUUGGUAGAACAAUGCUCCUGCCCACCUGGAUAUGCUGGCGAUUCAUGCGAGCGAUGUGCCUCUGACUAUGUGCGUCAACCCGGUGGUCCAUGGUUGGGACGUUGUGUUCCAGCUGAGAGGGAAAAGCCAUGUCCUCAAGGUACUUUCGGUGAUCCACGCAGAGGAAUUCAAUGCAAACCAUGCCCAUGUCCACUGACAAACCCCUCAAACAACUUUGCUAGUGGAUGUUCUAUCGGUUCUGAUGGAGAGCCCAUAUGCAAUUGCAACCAAGGUUACUCAGGACGUCGCUGCGAGGUGUGUGCUGAAGGCUAUGAGGGUGAUCCAUUGCGUCCAGGUGGCCGUUGCUACCCAAGACCUGAGAAUGAAUGUAACCCUGAUGGAACAUUGAAUGCUCGUCCAGAUGGCAGCUGUGAAUGCAAGUCACAUACCACUGGAGCUCGAUGUGACGAAUGUGCUGCCUCAUCAUUCUUCUUGAACUCGUUUACCUACUCUGGAUGCAUUGAAUGCUUCUGCAUGGGUAUCUCUAAGCAAUGUUCCAGCAGUUCAUGGUACCGUAGCCUGAUUAGCACAAACUUCGGACGUAGCCAAGUUCCACAUGGAUUCAACUUGAUCAGUGGAUACGAUAGCCAGCAACCCAUUCCUGUACAAUUCUCUCAGUCAAACAGUCAACUUACUUUUGGACGUUCAGAACAAAAUGACGUUUUGUACUGGAGCCUGCCAGCUGACUUCUUGGGAGAUAAGGUCACUGCUUAUGGUGGAAACUUAAACUAUACUCUUAGUUACAGUCCACUACCAGGUGGUCAAAUUUCAAGGAAUGUUGCUCCUGAUGUUGUGAUUAAAAGUGCUAAUGAUAUUUCAAUUCAUCAUUUCCGUAAAUCACCAGUGAAUCCUAGUGUCUCCCAAACCUACACCAUCCCAAUUUUGGAGAGCUCUUGGCAACGAUCUGAUGGUAUUACUGUCAACCGUGAACAUUUGCUCAUGGCCUUGGCUGAUAUUCAAGCGAUUUAUAUCAAAGCAACUUACACAACCGUAACUAAGGAUGGUACUUUAACAUUUGUUAGCCUAGAUAUUGCUGAACCUACAAACCAUGGAACAAGUCGUGCCUACGAAGUUGAGGAAUGUCGUUGCCCUCCAGAAUACAUUGGUCUUUCUUGUGAGGACUGUGCUCCUGGUUACAAGAGGCCCAUUGACUCUGGAUUGUACCUUGGAUUAUGUGAGCCCUGCGAAUGUAACGGACAUUCUACAGAGUGUGACGCUGAAUCCGGAGUAUGCUUGAACUGCCGUGAUAAUACUGCCGGUGAAACUUGUAAUGAGUGUGCACCAGGAUUCGUUGGAAAUGCUACCAAUGGCACUCCACGUGAUUGUCAACCUUCAGGCGAUAACCUUGGUGUUUGCGAACAGUGUAAUAGCGAUGGCACCUACUCCUGUAAUGGAGGCUAUUGCCAAUGUAAACGUAACGUCGAUGGUCAAAACUGUGAUCAGUGCCGCCGAGGAACAUUCGGACUUUCUGCAUCGAAUCCCGAAGGUUGUUCAGAAUGUUUCUGUUCUGGAGCAUCGAACCAAUGUUAUGCUGGAAACUUCUACAGGCAACUUAUACCAAUUCCAUUUAUUGAAAAAGGUCCAACAAUAACAGAUGAAAAUGGCGACCUUAUUGACUCUGGAAACAUGGCAUUCGACUUGGAACAAAACAUGUUUAAUUACAGCACACCUUCUUACACUCAAAAAUACUGGAGCUUGCCAUCCACAGUAUUUGGUGAUCGUCUUAAGUCAUACGGUGGUCAUCUGUCAUUCGUACUCCGUGUUCGAAGCUUUGGCAAUUACGAACCUGGAAAGGAUGUAAUUAUUAUUGGAAAUGGCAAUAAACUUGUAUGGAGUCGUGGACAAGACACUAUUAAUGACGAAGAAAUCAAAGUAAGGUUACACGAAGAAGAUAACUGGACACGUUAUGAUGGUGUCAGAGCUUCACGAAAUGAUAUUAUGACAGUUCUCUCAAAUCUCGAAUUUAUUUUGAUUCGUGCCACUCCUAAAAUUCCAACUGAAACCACUUCAAUUGGCAAUGUUAUUCUUGAAUCGGCCAGUGAAAUAAGCACAGAAAUUAAUGCCCAACGUGUCACAGACAUUGAAGUCUGUCAAUGUCCUGCUGGAUACACCGGAAACAGUUGUCAAAACUGUCCAGCCAUGUAUUACCGCGACACUAGUGACUUUAGUGUGUCUUCCUAUGGUUCAUGCUUGCCAUGUCCAUGCAGCGAUGGAGCUGAAUCUUGCAGCUACAGCGAUCGUGGUUAUGUGCAGUGCCGUUGUAGACCAGGUUAUUCAGGUGAUCGGUGCCAAAACUCAAGAUCUGGUUUAGGAAUCGCUAAAACCAAUAACACAAUAGUUGAACCAUUAAUCGAGAGACAAUGCUGUAACGGAAAUACUCAUAAAUUGACGAUUGUGAAGCCAAAUGCAACAAUCGCCCCGAACCAAACAUAUCUUCUUUAUGAGAAAAAUGGAGACUUUUUUGGAUAUUGGUAUCCCAACUUAAAUUGUUCGGGUGAUUCAGGCUUGAUUCCAUCAAUUCCAACGGUUUCCCAACAAGAUCCUGGCUCAGCAACACAAACAACAACUUCAAGGCCAGUUUAUGAAACUGAAAUAACCGUUUCAAUUUCUGCCCCAGAAAUAAGUAUUAUACCUGUUGGUGGUUCCGUAACAUUAUUCUGCUCAGGAAUGUUCACUGUUAAUAGGAUUCCAGUUAUUGUUAAUUGGUACAAGUUAAACGGACGUCUUCCAUACCAAGCUCUUGAAGACCAAGGAACACUGUAUUUGAGAGAUCUUCAAAUUCAAGAUUCUGGUGUUUACAUCUGCCAAGCCAAAGGUGGAAGCAAAAUGUUUGAAGACCGAGUUUCAGUCACAGUAUCACCACGAAAUCAAGAAUCGGCGCCGGUUAUCAACAUAGACACUCCCUAUCUGACUGUUGACGAAUACCGGCCAAUAGAUGUUGACUGUAAGGUUACUGGCAAUCCAAAACCAACAGUAACAUGGACACGUAUUGGAGGGCCCUUAACUCGCGAUGCCCGAUUCGAGGGUGACCGAAUGAUAAUUUCGUCGGUGCGAAAAUCUGAUGAAGGCAGUUAUCGUUGUUCAGCAGAAAAUUCAGUUGGAGCCGAUGAACGCAAUAUUGCCAUCUACGUGAAUGCAGCUCCACAGCCUACACAGCCACCAACACCAAUACCUGGACGCAGCAUGAUCUACAUUGAUCCUCCACAAGUUCAAGGAGUUGUCGGAGAUACAGUUCGUUUAUCUUGCCAACCAAGAGCUCAGAUUGCAUUGGUGUACGACUGGACUAAGGACAAUGCUCCUGUCCGUUGGAACAGGAAUAUGAUUGUUAACGGUAAUGUCAUCAUUAUUCGUGAUAUCUCAGUUCAAGAUUCUGGACGUUUCACUUGUACUGGAAUUGAUCAACGCGCAAGAAGGAACUACACUUCCACUGCUUAUGUCACUGUUGAAGAAAGACAAGAUGGUGGUGGUGGCGGCGGCGGUGGUGGUUGGGAUGACGGUGGCAGACCAAGCGGAGUUGCACCAACAGUCAAGCCAUUACAACAGGAACAUGUCAUUGCUCAAGGUCAGGACUUGAGUAUCACAUGCGAAGCUAGUGGAACACCUUAUCCCACAAUCAAAUGGACAAAGGUUCAUUCUUCGUUUGAAUCGAACAUACAACAAACCGGAAAUGUCUUACGCAUUAUCAAUGCUCAGCCAGCUAACCGUGGUGUCUUCCUCUGUGUAGCAGAAAGUUCGCUUGGAUCGGACCAAGCUGCCACAACCAUCGAUGUCGAACCUCGUGAGCGACCAGCUAUUGAAAUCUAUCCAUCGGAACCACAAAAACUUGUUGUUGGCAGCAAUGCAACUAUAAGCUGUAAUUUUGUUUCGGGAGUCCCAACUCCAAAACUAACAUGGCGACGUGCUGGUGGUUUGCCCAUGCCUCCUACAUACAUUGAAGAAUACCCUGGAACAGGAAGCAUAAUCAAUAUCCAAUUCUACGAUGCUGGCGACUAUGAAUGUGUAGCAGAAAACGUUGUCGGUAAAGUAACAGGAACGGUCAGUAUUGUAGUUCAAGAACCUCCCAGAAUCACACUUGAACCUAGUGAGGAAUAUGUAGCAGUAACCGAAGGUGAUGAAUUGAAAAUAGUUUGUACAUCUACUGGAAGUCCAUCGCCAUCGGUUCAAUGGAUCGAUGAAAAUAAUGCACCAGUCUUGGCUAGAGCUAGACCGAUGUUUGCUAGUUUCGGUUCACAAGCAAUUUUGGAAAUUUAUCGCGUAACAAUGAACGACGCCAAGGUUUACACUUGCCAAGCCAGUAAUGAUGCUGGUACCGAUGUGAAAUAUGUUAACGUAGAAGUUCAAAGGAGACGAGGAGAUACAGGUAUCAGUGAAAUUGAUACACCAUCAAUCAAUCGUCCUUAUUAUGGACAACCGCAACCACAACCACAACCUGCCAAUGCUGUCUACAAUGCUGAAAUUGGAGAAACCGCAACUCUAAGCUGUGACAUAAGCAAUGAACCACAAUUAGAAGCCCGAUGGGAACGUGUUGAUGGUCUUCCCUUACCAAGGACCGCUCAAUUACACAAGAACAAUUUGAUUAUAACACGAGUAGAACCAGAUGCUUUUGGUCAAUAUAAAUGCAAUGCUUACGAUGGCGAUCAAAUAGUGACUUUUAUUAUUGCUGAGUUAGCAUUAUUACCAAUUCCACAUAUUACGUUGCGUCCCAAGAUGCCCCUCACCGUUAAGGCUAACGAAAAUGUUGAAAUUAACUGCGAUGUAACUGGAGCACAACCUAUUCAUGUUGUUUGGUACGCCGAUAACCAUCGCCCACUGCCACCAUCCGUUCAAGUCAAUGGACCUUAUCUUCGAUUUAAUGCAAUUACACCUGCCGAUGCUGGUCGUUAUUACUGCUCAGUAACAAAUGCAUAUGGUAAUAGUACUGAAGUAGCUGAGGUAUUAGUCGAUCGUGGAGUUUCUGUUGAACAACCUCCAAACACUCGUUAUGAUAUUAACGAAGGUGAAGACGCAAUUUUGACAUGUGAUAUUAGAUCUAGAAAUAGAGAACCAAUUCGACCAGACACCCAGGUCAUUUGGCGUCGUGCAGAAGGAAAACCACUUCCAAGAACCUCUUAUUCGAGAGACCAAAAUCUUUAUCUCCGUUCAGUACGUCUAGAAGAUCAAGGACGUUACAUUUGCGAACUUUACUCACCUUCAAUGAUUUCAGCAGAACCAAGCUAUGUUGAUCUUAUAAUUAAGCGACGUCUCAGCAAAAAUGAGGUUGUUUGCAUGGUUUUCUAUAUAUGUACAGACCUGAAACCAAAAACCAUCAUACCGAGGCCUGUAACAUAUGCUUGUAAACCGAAUGACUUUAAAUGCACCUCGCAUCCGCAUACUUGUGUGAAGGCGUCAAUGGUAUGUGACGGCAUUUACGACUGCACCGAUCAUUCUGAUGAGUUUAAUUGCCCACGCAAUUCAAGAAACCGAUUUAAGCGAUGGAAAAAGGAUCAAAACCGAUCGAGAUCAAUAAUUAGUGCAGCAGCACCACAAAUUCCACAGUGGGCAACUGGAGAUAAUAAAAUUUACGAAAACGCCCCAGUUUUGAAACUGGAUCAACAGAGCUCGAUAUUAGGAAUUGGAGAGUCUACAGAAGUUGAAUGUUACCCAUCUGACUAUAGUUUGACAGAAGUCGUUUGGGAGAGAGAGGACGGAAAUCCAUUGCCAUUAAAUAUUAAGCAAGUGAAGAACAGGCUGAUUAUCUCCAAUGCAGACUAUAUUGAUGCAGGAGUGUAUGUUUGCAAAUCAAAGACAAAUGAGGGCGAUCUUUACACCACCAGUUAUAAACUAGAUAUUGCAAAGCAAUCGAAACAUAAAUCAAAACAACCAAAAAUUGAAUACGCUGAAGUGGGAUCGAGAUUAAAGCUUAAUUGCGAUGCUCCUAGCGAUGCAACUGCAUUCAGAUGGUCUCGUCAAUACGCCAGCAUGCAAUCUGGAAAGGAUUUGUAUAGUAGAGAAUUGUGCUUAGAUAAUGUCCAAGCCCGUGAUGCUGGAACAUAUAUAUGCUCUGCAACACAAAACGGAGAAUCCACCGACUAUCCAAUUAUUCUAGUUGUUACUGGAGCUAUUCCCCACUUCCAUCAGGCACCACUUAGUUACAUGUCAUUCCCAUCACUUCCAAGUUCUUCUUUCAAAUUCAAUUUUGAAAUUACAUUCCGGCCAAAACAACCCAACGGUUUAUUGCUCUUCAAUGGACAAAAGAAGGGAAGCGGCGAUUAUAUCGCUCUUUCUUUAAACGAUAAAUUCCCCGAAUUCCGUUUUGAUUUUGAUGGCAAACCAGUCGUGAUGCGGGCCGAACAACCUGUAACACUUGGAGAAUGGCAUACGAUUAGAGUGAAUCGUUACCGACGUGAUGGUUAUAUGACUGUUGAUAACCAGCAUCCAGUGGGCUUCCCAUUAUUACAAAACGUAUCGCCAUUGGAUCUUGUUGAGGACUUAUACAUUGGUGCUGUACCGAAAUGGGACGACCUUCCAGCGGGAUCUAUUGAAGAUCAAAUUGGUUUCGUCGGAUGUAUCAGUCGAUUGACUCUGCAAGAUCAAAUAAUUGAACUCUACAAAGAUGCCAAACAUAAGGAAGGAAUAACUUCAUGUGAGCCAUGUGCUGAUGAUCCUUGCCAAAAUGAAGGAAUUUGCUUAGAAAGCCAAACUGAAAUGGGUUACACUUGUAUCUGCCAAGAUGGAUUUACUGGAAGCAAUUGUGCUGUUAUGGGCACUUCAUGUACGCCAGGCAUUUGUGGAACAGGUCGAUGUGAAAACACCGAAAUGGGAAUGGAAUGCUAUUGUGCAUUGAACAAAACUGGAGAUAGAUGUCAAUACAUUGAGCAUUUGAGUGAAUCCAGUAUUGCUUUUAGAGGAAGCAGUUUUGCUGCAUAUCAGACACCGAGAGCUUCAAAAUUGAGCAUUAAAUUUUCAGUAAGGCCCGAUAGCUUGGAUGACGCUCUGUUAUUGUAUAUUGCCGAAUCUAAGCUAGUGAGCGGUGAUUUCAUCGCUGUAGUCUUACAUGACAAGCAUGUUGAGUUAAGGAUAAACACAGCAGCAAGACUUCGACCAGUAAUAAUACGUUCGCUUAAUCCUCUGCCAUUAAAUAAAUGGACCGAAAUUGAAAUCAGUCGGCGCUUUGGAGAGGGCAUUCUUCGAGUUGGCGAUGAGCCCGAACAAAAGGCCAAGGCAUCCGGCCUAGCGAGAACACUACACAUAAAGACUCCACUUUAUAUUGGUGGUUACGAUCAUCAAAUCACACUUAACCGUGACGUAAACAUCACACGAGGCUUUGUCGGAUGUGUUUCAAAUCUUUAUGAAUCGAAUAGAAAAAUUAACUUGAUAGCCGAGAUUAAGGAUGCUGCGAAUAUACAAAAUUGUGGAGAAAUCAAUGAAGUCGAACCACCAUCAGGAAGUGGAUACGAAGCAGACGAACUUGAAGAUGAUAAUUCCUGUCGAAGAGAUCCAUGUGAGAAUGGUGGAACUUGUAUUUCGGAAGAUGGCAAAGUCCAGUGCAACUGUCCACUUGGCUUUUCUGGCAAAAACUGUGAAAAUCAUGUUGAAAUUGGUUACAAUGCUAACUUCCGUGGAAACGGUUAUCUUGAGUUGGAUCGUAACAUAUUCGGUCAAGAAAUCGAACACCAAACAUCAUUCGUCGCUAUUGUGUUCUCAACUAUGGAACCAAAUGGUUUAUUACUCUGGUGGGGUCAGAAGAAGGGCGAGGAGUACAACAAUCAAGACUUCAUGGCUUUGGCUGUCGUUGAUGGUAUUAUGGAAUUCUCAUUCCGUUUGGAUGGAGAAGAAAGCACAAUACGCAGCACAUUUACCAAAGUUGAUGAUGGUAAACGACACAUCGUUAUUUUGAAGAGAGAUGAAAACCAGGCAAGUCUGGAGCUCAAUCAUAUUGUCCAAGUUGGUGAAUCGAGACCGACAGGCAAGAAUGUCAUGAGUCUGCCAGGAAAUCUAUUUAUUGGUGGCGCUCCAGACUUAGUUAAGUUCACUGGCAACCGCUACAGAAGCGGUUUCAAUGGAUGUGUCCACGUAGUAGAAGCAGAAAAAACAAUACAACUCAGUGAUGCUGCCAUAAGCGCUGUCAACCUUGACACGUGUCCAGACGAUGAAGAUCUUGAUGGAACGGAUCCACCAGUCGUUUAGUUAAGCAAAAUUUGCAUGACUUUUAAUUUUUAAUUUUCUUGGCAUUAUAUUUCGCUAGUUUUACAAAGAUCAAUUAAAUACAAAAAAAAUAUAAAAUGAAAUAAUUCGAAAACGAAAAAAUCAUAACAUAUUCAUUCAUACAUAAUAAGAAACAAAAUAUGAUUAUUUUGUUAAGAAAAGUGUAAAUUUUCGUAUAUAAUUAAGUUUCCAGUGUUAAAAAGCAACGAUUCAAGAUUUGGUUGAAUAAAAAUAAAAAUAUAUGUAUAAUUAUAGCAUUGAUAGAUAUACAAACAAAUUAUCCAGCGUGUCUAUAAAAUUAUAUAACAUAACGAAAAA